AUGGCUUACCACCCCGCGGACUUCACCAUAGGGGCAGUGCUGGGCCCCCCUCACCCUCACCCCCACCCUGCGGUUUUCUCCGUCCUGGAGCAGCUCGAAAGCCCCAUCCAGCUCUCCUCGCCAUCCCUCCAGCCCGCGGGGGCGCCGGACGAGCCCGUGGUGCUGCUGGAAGGCGCGGAGCUCUGGGCGCGCUUCCACAACAUUGGCACCGAAAUGGUCAUCACCAAGUCCGGCAGGCGGAUGUUCCCGGCGCUGAAAGUGCGCUGCGCUGGCUUCGAUAAGAAAGCGAGGUACAUCCUGCUGAUGGACAUCGUAGCGGCCGACGACUGCAGGUACAAGUUCCACAACUCAUGCUGGAUGGUGGCGGGCAAAGCGGACCCCGAGAUGCCCAAGCGCAUGUACAUCCACCCCGACAGCCCGGCCACCGGAGAGCAGUGGAUGUCCAAAGUGGUCAGUUUUCACAAGCUGAAGCUGACCAACAAUAUUUCUGACCAGCACGGAUUUACCAUUCUGAACUCCAUGCACAAAUAUCAGCCGAGGCUGCACAUCGUCCAGGCCAACGACGUCCUUCAGCUCCCUUACAGCACCUUUAAGACCUACGUCUUCCCCGAGACCGAGUUCAUGGCAGUGACCGCCUACCAGAACGACAAGAUAACGCAGCUGAAAAUCGACCACAACCCGUUCGCUAAAGGGUUCCGGGACACGGGGAACGGCCGGAGAGAGAAAAGGUCAGAGGGUCUUCAUGUUGGUCAGCUGAGUGACAGGAAGUCGGCGGUGCAGCUGAAGCUCAGAGCGGAGCAGAAGAACGAGAGCGGAUCCUCAGACGACUCCUCCUGUGAGCCCCCAGCUUACUGCCUCCAGGAGCCCACCGUUGCCACGACAACACCUAAAGAUCUGUGUGAGAGCGACUCAGACAGUGACGGAGGGUCUAACAGGCCGAUCGCUCAGGCUGCAGAGAUCUCCACCACCAGCCACGAGACCCCCGAACACAGCGCUGAACUCCCCGCUGAACACAGCCCCACCUCUGAACUCUCUGAACACACUGAGCUCCCCCCUGCCGAGCCCACCGACAGCGGUCCGGACAGCGCUCUUCCAGAGCGGACUCAGACGAGCCUCAUAAACCUUCCCCCCACCCCGUCGAACCCCAGACUGACUCUCUACUCGGCGCGGGACACGCUCACUCACACACACCACUGCUGCCUCCCGCCGUCCGGCUCUGCGGGACAGCAGCUCGUCCAUGGCCUCCUGCCCAGCCACGGUCACUUCCACCUGGUCCGGAGCUUACCGCCGCUGAUGACCGCCGGGCCGCUGGCUCCGUGGCUGAGCGGCUGGACUGCUGAAGCGGAAGCUGGAGGUCGAGGAGCUUUUCACCCAGAAAUCCUGAGACUUCAACAGCUCAGACCGGCCGCUCAGGGCCUCAUCAUCUCCCACUACUAUCCCUACAACUACAUGAACGUGAUAGCGGCAGCUGUCCCGACCGUACAGCCCCGGCCCCGGCCCCGGGGCUCCCCGUACCCCCUCCCUCCUCUCCGGCUUCCAGGGACACCCGCGGGUCCGGGGGUCAGCAGGGGUCAAAGGACACCCACGUCCCGCUCGACCUGA